AUUGGCUAGUUUUGAUAUGCUCCAAUUAUUAACUUUGGUUUUACUUGAGUUGAUGUAUGAAAGGUCAUGAGAGCUCGGGUGCUUUUACAAGAGCUUGACAAGUGAAGCUAUCAAACAAGGGUCUGAAGCCUUCGUUCUUGUCUCCGCUCUAUUUUUGUCAGGUUUGGUCAGUUCACUAGUCCUCAUCGGGUCUGGUAGGGGGAUGGGAGGGAGGGGGCGGAUUGUGGGGUCAAUAGAAAUAGAAAUCGAGCCUACUUUUGUUCGACCCUCUUCAGUUAUUAUUUUGGUUUUUGUUGUUGUUGUUCUUUGAUAUUUGUGAUAACAUUAUCUGCGGUGCUGAAGCUCUUGUGAAAAAAGAAAUAUUCCAAAAAUUAAAAAUAGUCAUCCAGUAAACCCCUUCCUGUCCGUCCCUGCCGUUUCCUUGAUCAAAGUAAUAUGCCCGUGUAUUUGCUUUAUCGUUUUUCUUUUAUAUAUUCUUCCAUGUCAUUUGCUCCCACUCCCAACCCAAGCGCGACAGGUUCUAUAUUGACAAAACUACCGCCAUCAUUUAACUAAUACCUACAGCUGUGACCGUUGAAUAUAUCCACAAUCAAUAUUUCUAUCCGCCUACACUUUUCCUGUCAUUCUUGAGAGGGCGGCCAUGGGUCCUGGUUAACCGGCAGGAAGAAACAUUUGACACUAUGGUGCUAUGCGUUUUUUUUAAACACCCGUAUCAAAACUAAUAGCUAAUCAUCAUCGCUUUGGUCUCUAGGAAAUUGCCGAACUUUAGUCUGGAUUUUAUAAUAUUUGUUGUAAUUUUAAGACAUUCUUAAUCCAUAAUUUUUGUAGUAAUUUUAGCCAUACUCUAUAUAAUGACAAGGUUAUAAGAAAUUAUAGCUUAUUUCAAUCGGCUUUCUUAAAAAAAAAAGAAGGUUGUUUUAUUCACUAAAAGUAAUUUUGGUCAAUAAUAUAGAUUAGGAUAAGUUUAUGUAUUUAUAUGUUUGAUUUAAUCCCAAUGAAUUUGCCCUGUGAUACAUUUGGUUUUUACCAUCAUUCUACAUUAUUCAUCUUCGAGUGGGAGGCAGGAUUGGCCGAGGGAGGUUGCACAGUCAUAGGUAUCAUAUUGAAAGAGCAUAGUAUUUGAAGAUUCCUUAAUAACCCUGCGCACCCCCCCUGUGUACGCGCCUGGGAGGCCAAGGCGUUUGCCAAAGCGUAGGAAAAAAAAAUUAAAAUUGUCUCGUGUUAUGAUUUUCAAAUAAUUUGUUAAAGAAAUUAUACGAUAACUCCUAACAACCUUUUAAACAACGCUUUGUUUUAACGUUUUUUAAUUACACACGCUUAGGAAAUUUUGACUCGUUAAUUACCAUACUUACGUGGUUGUUAUCUUAUGUAUGAUUUCUGGUUAAGAAUUGUUAGAUCAACUUUUCCGGUAAGAAAAUUCACAGCUGGUGGUUCCGGGGCAACCAAUUUAAGCGUGCUCUUCGAACUAAACGAGUGGGAAUAGUUUAAAGUGAAGUAGGAGAAAGAACCAGAGAGUAUGCUUUCUCCGUUUUCUAGUCUUCCUUACAUAACUUGCCAGGAAAGUGACAACGAUGCUGACACGGAAUCUGAUAAUAACCCCGGCGUCACAGAUGAAGAAGGUGACGAAGAAAGCGACGCGGAAAAGGGAGGAUGCUCCCUGUGGCAUGCAUUUUGGAAUCUCGUGAACGUCAUCGAAGGAACAGGAGUUCUAGGAUUGCCUUACGCUGUGAGAGAAGGCGGUAUCAUAGUGGUUCUAGGACUUAUUAUUUUGGCAGUUAUUUCUAACUACACUGGACAAAUUCUCAUUGGCUGUUUGUAUACAAAAGAUCCAAAACAGGACGACGAGGAAGUAAGGCUUGUCAAGAAGAGCAAGGAAAAGGAUGAAAGAAAAAGAGUUCGUCUGACUUAUGAGGACAUUGGCGAGGUUUGUUUACCAGGUUUUGGCGGGAAAAUAGUGGUAGCGACUCAAGUUCUCGAACUCAUGUCGGUAUCGACGCUGUACUUGGUGCUGAGUGGCUCGCUGUUGGUCAACACUUUCCCGCGCGUCCCCAUCACGCACCGCGGUUGGAUUGCCCUGAGUACGGUUCUUGUGCUUCCGACGGUUUUCCUGAAAAGCCUCGCUCACGUGGCCUGGCUUAGCUUGGUAAGCACUGUGUCUCUCAUGGCAACCGUUGCCGCGGUGAUUGUCUAUGGCAUCAGCGUCCAUGACCAAUGGGACAUCGACUCCAUUGUCAGCUGCAAUGUGGAUACUGUCCCGGUGGGGCUGGGGAUCGUCUUAUUUAGCUACGCUGCACACCCACUCCUCCCUGGCAUAGAAAAUGCCCUUCGUGAUAAAUCCAAGUUCCCAUUGAUCAUGAACAUUUCCUUCGUCUUUGCCGCCAUUAGUAAAGUUCUCUUCGCAGUUACGGCGUACCUAGCGUUUAGCGACAAAACCAAGGAAGUGAUCACUAAUAAUUUACCCCCUGGGCCUAUCCGUACAACUGUUUGCGUAUUGUUAGUUUUAAAUGUGUUAUUUUCCUACGCGUUCCCGAUGUUUACAGUUAUCCAUUGUGUCACAAAUUCAAUAGUGUCUCGGUGCUGCGUCCCCGAAAAGGCUAAUUUUCGGUUCCCAGUAAUUCUCCGCGUUGUCCUCGUGCUCUUGACCAUGUUAGCCGCUCUUCUUAUCCCACACUUCGCUUUACUAAUGGCGUUUAUAGGAAGCCUAACGGGUGCUUGUCUUGUUUUUAUCUUCCCACCUGUUUUUAAUAUCAUACUCAGGAGAAGCGCAAUGUACAAGUUACAGAUAGCUGCGGAUGUUUUGAUUAUAAUUUUUGGGGUUUCAACUGGGAUUGUAGGUGUUGUGUAUUCGGGAAAGGCUUUAGUAAAAGCUUACACAGCGUAGGCCCAAGUUGAAUAAAAUAGUGUUAAAAAUAAGAAAUAAAACAAGCAUGGAAAUUUUAGCUAGAUAGCGGGGAAAGAUGGCACGAGCUAUUUGCUCUGUUGUUAGGGUAAAAAUUUGCCCUGAAAAUCAAGCAGUUAGUGAUAUUCAAAUUAAGGGGACGGAAAUGAGAAAAUAACAUAGUAAUAAAACAAUUGUACGUAGUGAAGGGAAAUAAAUAAAAGAUUUGAUCCAAGGACGUAAACUACAGCCUUACAUGACGGAUCUUGUUGUACAUAAUCCUCGCUGGCUCAAACUUUGAUUUAAAGUUUCUUUCUGGCGGAAAAAAAGCAUUCUAAAGUCAUGGUGUUUCAAAACAAAUUUCGCUUGUUCGUUGUAAUUGUGGUAGGGACAUUUGCCGGUGGAGGUUUAGGAUUCUAUAUACGCGAUAACAUCAACCUGGAACAGCGAGAAGAAAGACUUAAAGAACUUCAAAUAAAAGUAGAUGAGAAGAAAAACAGCAUUAAACAACUGAAAGAAAAGAUUGAAAGCAAAAGAUAACUAUUGUCAAAUGUGAUGGACUGGACGUACGGACAGGGGUAAAUCAAGAUUUGAAAACCAAGGUACAAGGACAGGGUCAAGGGUGGAUCUUAACUUUAACAAAGCAGAGUAUUGUUAUAAAGGCGUGGCUAAGAUAAAAGACGUACCAAAAAGGAAGGUGUAAAGGGGUGAAAAUACAAGUGUAAUGGAAAUUUCCCUCCAAAAGUGAAACAAAUCUCCCCUUAUAAAUACUUUUGAAUCCAUCUUUGCCAGACUGUUGAUGUUUCAGAAAGCAAGGGCUUGUUACAUCAUCAUAGAUGCUAAUAAGCACAUGGAGAAGGGAAAAUUGACUGUUAAAAAUGGAUUCCUUACCGAAAAGCCUAUAACUUCAACAAAGCAGACUUUCGUCUUGAACUAAAAGCAUACAUUUCUUACCAAAAAAUUGCCAAAAAAGACUUUAUUAUAAUUGUCCACACAAGACUAAAACAUACAAGCUAUAGGCAUAUGAUGUUACAAUAUUACUAUUUCCUAUUUUUUUAUUAUGAUUCUAUAAAUAACAGCUACCCGCCUAAUGUUUCCAGAUUCUACAUUGCCAGGGAAUUUCUCAUGCUGGAAAAUAAUUUCCAGUAUAUCUCGCACCAUUGUUCAUUUUAAUUCCUGUCUACUAAUAAAAGCACUUUUGCUAAAAGUAAGAUUAAAAGUAAAGAUAUUCA